UGCAGGAUUAGGAAAUAGUCUGUUCUCACUUUGCAAAGUUGCUGGAUGCUCUCCCCAAGUUUGGAUUGCAGAAGUAAUCUGUCUUACCCUCCACAUUCCACUUGGAUCUAACCUUGCUAUGUGUCCAGAUCUGUUUCAGGAGGAAGUCUUGCUUUUCACUAGCUAACAAGUCCUUCAAGCCUUGUGAUCUCAGCUCACCCCCAAAGCCUUGUUUUUACUUCUCAGCUGUUUUUUCCUCCGUGUGAUCUCCCUGGGCCAGCUGCUGUUACAGGAGCCCUGAUGUCUUCAUUUGACUCCCCGCAGUUGUUGAUGGUGUGUGUUUCUCAGAUUCCUGAGGAGGAUUUUAGCAUCCAGACCAACAUUGUGCAUAAUUUCUCUAACUGCUUCCUAGGCUGAUCUUGGAUAGAAGAGAAAUUUAGCAGCUGAUACCCUUUACCCAAGCUAGCUCCUUCCCACUGGUGACCAGGAGCUCCUACAGGUUCAGUCUGUAAGCCACCAGACUUCUUGGACCCCAUCUCCACCUGCACACCCUAUGCUGUGUCACCUUAUUUCCUCAGAAAAAACACUUGUAGAGCUAUUUCCCUGCUUCCUGGACAUCCUGAAGGUUACACAAUAUCUGGAGGUCGGAUUCAUGUCCAUCUUGGGUCUAAAGAGGUCAGACCGACGGUCCCUUUCUUGGAAGUCUUUCUAAGAUGAAGUUAUGGGCUAUUCUGGCUGUCUGCAUUUUGCUGCUAAACUCUGUGUCCAACACUCCGUUGCCCUCAAACUGGUUAGCUAGUAAGAAAAGAAUUCAGCUACAAGAACUUCAAAAGGACGAAGAGGACCAAGCUUUGGGGAUGUAUGAAACAGGUCCUGAAGAUCCCACUGCCAACUUGGCACCACAACAAGAUGUCCAAAUUUACUCUGAAAUACCUGACGACUAUCCAGAUCAAUUUGAUGAUGUGCUGGAGUUCAUUCAAGAUACCAUAAAGAGACUUAGAAGGUCGUCCAACAAGCAAACCCCGUCCAGGCGAGAGAGAGGAAGGCACGGCUCUACAGCAAUCCAGAAUUCCAGUAAAAAAACAGGCAAAGACAAAAAGCGAAAAAACAAAGGAUGUGUGUUGAGGGAGAUACAUUUAAAUGUAACAGACUUGGAUUUGGGCUACCAAACCAAAGAAGAACUUAUCUUUCGGUACUGCAGUGGGUCCUGUAAUAACCCAGAGACAACUUAUGACCAAAUUGUAAAAAAUCUUACAAUCAAAAAAAAGUUGGUAAAUGACAAGGUGAAGCAGGCAUGUUGCAGGCCAAUUUCUUAUGAUGACGAUCUGUCAUUUUUGGACGACAAUUUAGUUUAUCAUACCUUGAAACAACAUUCCGCUAAGAAAUGUGGAUGUAUCUGAACGAUUGGGAUUAACACGUGGUAGUGUGCAUUUCAUUCCUAAAAUAAUGCAAAGGAAGGGAUCAAGAUUCCCAUUGUGGGCUCCUUGAGCAUAUGGAUGGAGUAGAGGACCAAGUGUGAUGGAGCAUGGAGUCUUCCUUGGAACCUGUUGUGGCAUUUGCCCUGGAAAUGAGUCAGAGCACAGGGUUACAAUGCAGGUCCACUGGUAAUUCAGAUAGAGAAUACUAAUCGCAAACCCUCUCUAAGACGUGGCUCUAGAAGGUUGGAUGGUUCUUCACCAAUAUAUGAUAAGG